AUAUAAAGAUGCAAUCAAAACCUUGCAGCAAGAGGGUAGGGACUUCACCCAACAGCUGUAUGUUCCUGAGAAGGAUUCAGUCACUGGGAAAGAUCAUCAUGAAAGAGGUGACCAUAACCACAUACUGAAGAGAAUUGCUGGCUGCACAAGAGAAUGCCGUCACCAGGAGCUUAAUCCGUAAGCCUUUGACAAAGCCAUGCUUGAUCCACUAACAGGAUUAUCCCAUGCUGCUCUAACAGGUCAACGCCCACAGUCCGUAGAAGAUGCAGAGAGACUCUUAUCCUAUCAUGUUGCGGCCUCAAUGCAAAAGCAGGACUUUAACUUUGAAGCAGAGUAUGUGCAGACCAUAGCUGCCUGGCAUGAAGCUUCAGAUGGAAGAGGAAUAAGCCAGCUAGAUCGCUGCAAAGCAAACCAUGAGAUGCUUAAUUAUCUGUUGGAUCAGCUGAUGCCAUGGCACAAGGAGAGAUAUGAUUUCUCAACUCUCGACAUAAACAGACCAAUGGAUACAAUCAGGGGGUUCACGAGGGAAACUUUCAUAGAGAUUACGACAAAUAUUGAAAGUCAGGUAUACAGACGGAGGCAGAACAACAUCCUCGGGCAUCCUGAACACCCAAGAGCCGCCACAACAGAUGAUGUUGAAUGUUUCUUCAGCUUGACCAGGCGGCACCUUGGGGAUACCUACACAGUGAAGGAAUUUCGUACUAGUUGGAGGAAACUGGUGAGAGAAUUCUGCAAAAGAAUUGAUCCAGAUUUGAAAUUCCAUUACUGGACACUUAAUGAAAGAUUCCAUGUGGAACAAUCACAAUUUGACAAAAGUGCUGGUGACAAGACUUCAUGUGGUAAAACAUAAGUCUCGUGAGGACAGCUCCAUAUUCACGGCCGGACGGGCAUUCUUGCCAGCCAAGAACAAGCAGUCCAUUAGACAGAGACUUUUUCGAGUGGAUGUGGGACUACCACCAGUUCCUAAUGCAGUUCGACCCUGUUGACUUAUAGGCCAUCAUGAUUGAACAUUUUUAGAAGUUCCACGAUGAUUAAAAUUGACGUGGCCUAUUUUCUAAAUUCUAAAACCUAAACUGAAUGGCUGAAAACCAUAAAUUU